CAUCGUUUAAAGAUACUUAUGAACCUGUUGUUUAUUAUGUCUAUUCAAUAUGAUUUCACUGAUAAAAGAUAGAUAGAAGAUAAAAGCACAAACAAUCCCAUAAGAAUCAUAAAUUGAAAUGUUUAUGGGAAUAAAGAUAUCUCUCUGAUAGCUAAUAUCAAUAUUUGAAAAGAAUGCUUCGUUGAUUUUAAACUAUUUUACUCUAGUUUGUAUCGACUGUUUACCAUUAAAAUCUGAACAUGAGAGAUAUCUUUACAAUAUAUUGACAAUUACCUUAAUUGCACAAACAAAACCGGACCGAUUCAAACUCUACAAUGGAUGCAUAUUAAUCUGGAACUAAAAGAUAUUCAAUCUUAUUUUACUGGAAUUGAAAAUUAGUAACUAGAAGUUUUAAUCCAAAAACAAUAUCAAGUAUUGCAAUAUCAAUGGAAAUUUUGAAUUUUGGAAUAAAAAUGAGAAAAAUCUUAAUUUACAUGUUGUACGUUUUAAAUGACGCUGUGUGUUCUUCUGCCAUUUCAUUAAAAACAUAUGAAGUUUUAAAAGGAGUUAAAAUGUUGAAUACUUAUUACACAGUUUCAUUAAAUCAUAACAGCACUAACAAAUGUGCAUCGUACUGUUUAGCCGACAAUGUAUGUGUUUCGGCGAAUUACAAUUUUGUGACAAAGCAGUGUCAGUUAAGUACAAAAAGUCCGUUAGAUGAGUCUGCCAGCGUGGUAGAAGAUAAUGAAUGGAAAGUCUUGUUUUCCAAAAAAGAUCUACCACCAAAUUCAUGGGAGUUGAUAUUCAGAGGGACUCCGGGAACUGGUGUAAAGCUGUAUGACUCAUACGUCGGUACAGUCUCACUCCCGACCCAUGAAGUCGGAUGCCAGUUACCUGUUACCCAUAACUUGACUUGCACUACACAUUACCGUGAUCCAAUUUUAGACAUUUGGAGUUCACAAAGCAUUCUAAAGGUAAAAGUAGCCAUGUAUAAAGAUAAUGUGAUGGUAAUGAACAUGGUUUUCAACAAUACAGAUACUGGAUUGAAUACAGACUGGUACAGUCAAGAUCAACUUAUUUAUAGUUCGUAUACUGAUAUGACAACAGUUGGAAUCACAUACAACUUCUUCAGUAUUAAAGGUGAUGAACCGAUAGGACGAAGAUUUUAUAUCAACAAAAAUUAUGGUGGGUGUGCUGUUGAUGUGGGAUGGGUAGCGGUGUUUGAUUUUGAUCCUGGAUGCACAUAUGGAAAUGGAUUGCAGUAUCCUGCUUUUGCAUACAUGCCAAAUAAUAUAAUGGGUCAAUGGGACCUUAAAACUUUCCAGCUUGCAGACGCAUUAGCAAUUUACAUACAAAAGUAACUAGCCAUGUAUGACUCAUAGAGGAACAAAAGCGUGGUUUGAAAUCAAAUAUACAACCGAUAUUGUUUAGCUGGCCAGAAUCGACAAUAAAACAAAUAUCACUUGAUAGUUUUACUAAUCUAAUACGUAGUACAAAAUAACGAAGUAUCAUCAUAGGAUCUUGUUACACUUUAUUAAGUAUUUAUAUUUUAAAAAUAAUCCUGCUUUGUUGUUUGACAUCGUAUGUUUGAUCCCUUAAAACGUAACCACCAUAAAUUUUAGAGCAGUCAUGCCUCGUGGUUUAGUUGUCUAUUUUCUAUGUUCACAGUUUUCGUGUUAAAUCUUAAAGAUGUUAUAAACAUAAAUGACGAAAACCAACAGGGCUUCUCUACUGUAAACAUUAAUCUGAUCAGCAUGAUACUGUAUGAAUGAUUAUGUAAUUAAAAACCAUCCAGCCAAACCAUUUCGGUUUCACAGUAUCUUCGGUGACUACUGAUAUGUUCCGAUUGUCGCUACCAAAACUUCAUCCUCAUUUAUCCGAGUGUGACAUAAUCGAAUAAAACUUGUAGAAGAAAUGUACUCGAACAGCAAUAUUGUGUUCCACAAGUGGAACUGGACUGCUUAUACUUGUUAAACAAAUGAUCAAAUACGAAAGAAAUCAUGUAUUCGUUUUAUUGUUUUGUUGUCAGUUUAUCAAGUGAAAACCAUUUUUUUAAGUAACAAGUUAAUUCAUGUUGUUACAUAUAAAUGAAUAUAACACUUUAUAAAUUUUACGCAUCCAAAGCGCUUUAAAUGAAUUAACUUUCAUCAGUAACCUUAAACCCUAAAUAUAUGAAUAUUUCAUGUCAAGUUUUCCUAUGGGAGUAUGAACCUUAUCUUUUCGUUAAUUUAUUGAUUGAUAAUCGUCGAGCUAUCUCUAAAUAAAACAUAUAAAUGACAUUUGUAUCUUUCAAUAAAUGAGUAAUAUCAUGCAGAAUUGUGUGAUACUGUAACCAUUAGGA